GGCAUGCAGCUGGAGCGGACAGGACGGCUUCCCGGAUGUGGCGGGGUCUUUGUCUGUCGCUGCAGCUGGAGCUCCAGGUCUCUCCUUCACUGCACUGUGUACUCCGCUCCCAGAGGCCCAGCCUCUGUGGCCCUGUGACCUGCAGUUAUUGGGAGAUCCACAGCUAAGAUGCGAGGAUCCCCUGGAAGCCUAGAAAUGGAAGAUCAGGGGUCUGAAGUGUAUCCUCUCAAGGGAGCAAGUGGAUCCGUUGGGGCAGAGAGGAAGCUUCUCGUGCACUCUUAUUUUGAAAAGGAGACAUUGACAUUUAGGGAUGUGGCCGUAGAAUUCUCUCUGGAGGAGUGGGAAUGCCUGAACCCUGCUCAGCAGAAUUUAUAUAGGAAUGUGAUGUUAGAGAACUACAAAAACCUGGUCUUCUUGGCAGGUAUUGAUAUCUCUAAGCAAGACCCAAUCACCAGUCUGGAGCAAGAAAAAGAGCCCUGGAAUAUGAAGAGACAUGAGAUGGUGGAUGAAUCCCCAGCUGUGUGUUCUUAUUUUACCAAAGACCUUUGGCCAGAGCAAGACAUAAAAGAUUCUUUCCAACAAGUGAUACUGAGAAGAUACAGAAAAUGUGAACAUGAGAAUUUACAAUUAAGAAAAGUUUCCACAAGUGUGGAUGAGUGUAAGGUGCACAAAGAAGGUUAUAAUGAACUAAACCAGUGUUUGACAACUACCCAGAGCAAAAUAUUUCAAUGUGAUAAAUAUAUAAAAGUCUUUCAUGAAAAUUUAAAUUCAAAUAGACAUAAGACAAGACAUACUGGAAAGAAACCUUUCAAAUGUAAAAAAUGUGACAAAUCGUUUUGCAUGCUUUUACACCUAAGUCAACAUAAAAGAAUUCAUAUUAGAGAGAAUUCUUACCAAUGCGAAGAAUGUGACAAAGUCUUUACGCGGUUCUCAACCCUUACUAGACACAAGAGAAUUCAUACUGGAGAGAAACCCUUCAAAUGUAAAGAAUGUGGCAAAGCUUUUAAGCACUCUUCAACCCUUACUACACAUAAGAUGAUUCAUACUGGAGAGAAACCCUACAGAUGUGAAGAAUGUGGCAAAGCCUUCUGCCAUUCCUCACACCUUACUACACAUAAGAUAAUUCAUACUGGAGAGAAACCUUACAAAUGUGAAGAAUGUGGCAAAGCUUUUAACCAAUCCUCAAACCUUAGGAAACAUAAGAUAAUUCAUACUGGAGAGAAACUCCACAAAUGUGAAGAAUGUGGCAAAGCUUUUAACCGAUCCUCAAACCUUACUACACAUAAGAGAAUUCACACUGGAGAGAGACCCUACAAAUGUGAAGAAUGUGGCAAAGCUUUUAACCGAUCCUCAAACCUUGCUAAACAUAACAUAAUUCAUACUGGAAAGAAAUCUUACAAACGUGGAGAAUGUGGUAAAACCUUUAACCAGUCCUCAACUCUUACUAAACAUAAGAAAAUUCAGCAGGACGUGGUGGCUCACGCCUGUAAUCCCAGCACAUUGAGAGGACGAGGCGAGCAGAUCGCAAGGUCAGGAGUUUGAGACCAGCCUGGCACAUGGUGAAACCCUGUCUCUACUAAAAAUACAAAAAUUCGCUGGGUGUGGUGGCGGGCACCUGUAAUCCCAGCUACUCAGGAGGCAGAAGCAGGAGAAUCAUUUGAACCCAGGAGGCACAGUUUGCAGUGAGCCAAGAUCGUGCCAUUCUACUCCAGCCUGGGCCACAAGGCAAGACUCUGUCGCAAAAAAAAAAAAAAAAAAAGGAAAAUUCAUCCCGGAAAGAAACCUCAUAACUGUGAAGAAUAUUGCAAUGCUUUCACCCAGUCCUUGAAUCUUAUUGAAGAAAAUAAUUCACACUGGAGAGAAACUCUACAAAUGUGAAGAAUGUGGCAAAGCCUUUAACCAGUCCUCAAACUCUUACUAAGCAUUAAAAAAAUUCAUACUGUACAGAAACCCUAUGAGGGUGAAAAACAUGGCAAAGCCUUUAACAAGCUUUCAAUUCUUAACAGACAUAAGAUAAUUUAUACUGGAAAGAAAUUCUACAAACAAGAAAGAUGUGACAAUGCUUUUGACAACACCUCAAACUUUUCUAACCAUAAAAGAAAUUAUGCUGGUGAGAAAUCUUAGAAAUCUGAAGAAUGAGACAAAGCCUUUAAAUGGUUGUCACAUUUGAUUGUAGGUAAGAUAAUUCAUACUAGAGAAAACACCUACAUGUGUGAACAAUGUGGCAAAACUUAACCAAUGCUCACACCUUAUUGCACAGGAAAGCAUUUAUACUUGAGAUAAAUUAUGCAAACAUAAAGACUGAAAAAGUCAUUAAUAUAUGUUCAUGUCUUAACACUAGAGAGUUCAUACUUAAUAAAAUCAUUAUAUGUACAA